UGAUGAUAUGUUCUUCCUCGUCACUCUUCACUCCUCUCAUCUCUACCACUUUCAAUUUCGGACAAACCAAAACAAACAGAGGUUAAGUCCCAGAAAGAAUCAUUAAAUUCACGAACUUUGUUUUGUUCCAAUCAGGACUCAGCACCACCCCAACACUCACUAACCUCCAAUUCAAAUUAAAGUUUCAACCUUUUUUCCUUUCACAGCUGCAAUCUCCCCUCUUUGAUCUCACUCCGAGGAGGAGAGACUAAGUUAUAUAGAGAGAUGUUCAAAAAUUCCCCUUUCCAAGUUUAUCACUUUCAUUCAAAUCCUCAAGAAAGCAAAGCAUUUUAGAUUUGUGGAGAGGGCUGUCAUGCUGAAUGUUGCUGCCAACCAGUGGAGUAGGGAUGAAUUCCGCAAUGGAUGAUAUGAAUUUGAUUCAGCAAGCACAGAGACAUCACUUAGUUGUGAGGGACAUUGGUGAAGAAAUUGAUUUAGAAAUUGGACCUGGGGAUGAUGAUCCUUCAUUUGGUAACACUACUCUAAUUGGUGCGCCGUUGCGUGAAUCUUCCGCAGAAGAGCAUGGUGAGAGCAAGCAGAUGGGGAUGGUUUCUCAGCUUCCUAAUGAUGCUCAAGAUAUGUCUAAGUCCCAGCCAAUGAAAAGGAAGAAGAAGGUUGUUAAAAGAUGGAGAGAGGAAUGGGCAGACACCUACAAAUGGGCUUAUGUUGAUGUUAAAGAUGGGACGCCGAGGAUUUUCUGCUCGGUCUGCAGGGAGUAUGGCCGGAAGCAUAGAAGAAAUCCUUAUGGGAAUGAGGGCAGUAGAAAUAUGCAGAUGAGUGCCCUUGAAGAACACAAUAAUAGUUUGCUUCACAAAGAGGCUCUUCGUCUUCAAAUGGCCUCCAAAGAUAAAAUUACAGUUGACAAGCCCAUUUAUGUAAAAGCUGCUAUGUCAAAAACAGCGGGAUCAAUUCUUGAAGCUACACUAAAAAGGGAUCCUCAUGAGGCUGAAUUCAUUCAAGCAGUCCAGGAGGCAGUUCAGGCUCUUGAGAGAGUCAUAGCAAAAAAUUUUCAUUAUGUUAACAUCAUGGAACGCUUGUUGGAACCUGAACGAGUGAUUAUUUUUCGAGUUCCAUGGGUGGAUGAUAGGGGUGAGAUGCAUGUUAAUCGGGGCUUUCGUGUACAAUUUAACCAGUCGAUGGGUCCAUGUAGGGGUGGUAUUCGUUUUCAUCCAUCAAUGAAUUUAAGUAUUGCCAAGUUCCUUGGUUUUGAACAGACUUUAAAGAAUGCUUUAUCACCAUACAAAUUAGGAGGAGCAGCUGGUGGAAGUGAUCUUGAUCCAAAAGGAAAAAGUGAUAAUGAGAUUAUGCGAUUUUGCCAAAGUUUCAUGAGUGAGCUGUAUCGGUACUUGGGUCCUGACAAGGACCUUCCAUCAGAGGAAAUGGGCGUUGGUACUCGAGAAAUGGGGUAUCUUUUUGGACAGUAUCGACAUCUAGCUGGUCAUUAUCAGGGAAGUUUUACAGGGCCAAGGAUAUUUUGGUCUGGCUCCAGUCUCCGACCUGAAGCUACUGGCUAUGGGCUGGUUUUCUUUGCCCAGCUCAUGCUUGCGGACAUGAACAAAGAACUCAAGGGAUUAAGAUGUGUUGUCAGUGGUUCUGGAAAGAUUGCGAUGCAUGUUUUAGAGAAGCUAAUUGCUUAUGGUGCUGUUCCCAUUUCAGUAUCAGAUUCUAGAGGAUAUUUGGUUGAUGAGGAUGGAUUUGACUACAUGAAAAUAUCAUUUUUGAGAGACAUCAAAGCUCAACAGAGAAGUUUGCGAGACUAUUCAAAGACCUAUGCUCGGUCCAAAUUUUAUGAUGAAGCAAAACCCUGGAAUGAAAGGUGUGAUCUUGCAUUUGCUUGUGCUUCACAGAAUGAAAUUGAUCAAUCUGAUGCCAUUAAUUUGGUUAAUUCAGGUUGUCGUAUACUAGUAGAAGGCUCAAACAUGCCCUGUACCCCUGAGGCAGUUCAGGUUCUGAGGAAAGCUAGUGUUUUCGUUGCUCCUGCAAUGGCUGCUGGUGCUGGAGGGGUUGUGGCUGGAGAACUUGAAUUGAAUCAUGAAUGCAGUUUGAUGCACUGGUCACCGGAGGAUUUUGAAUCCAAAUUGCAGGAAGCAAUGAAGCAGACUUAUCAGAGAGCUAUGAAAGCCGCAACUGAUUUUGGUUAUCAAAAAGAAAGCCCUGAGGCUCUGGUACAUGGAGCAGUCAUCUCUGCAUUUCUAACCAUUGCUCAAGCCAUGACUGAUCAAGGCUGUGUAUAGAAGUUGAUAUUGCAAAACCUUGAAUACUCAUCCCAAUGCUGAUGUUUAUUCUUAUGGUGGGACUGCAUGCACUUAAUGAUCAAUGCUGAUAUUGCAGUUUUAAUGACAGUAUGUCACGAUAUUGAGAAAGCAUAUUUCCUUGUAAAAAAAAAAAUUAGACUUAGAAAAGGAUGAUAAGAUUUAGAGGACAAAUUUUAGUUGUACAACAGAAAGGGUAUGUGUAUUAUUGCCAAGAAAAAUGAAAAUUGUCCUUGGCUUAUUAUUUGAUGCUUGUUUCAAACUUGAAAAAUAUUUGAAU